AUGAGACUGAUAAUAUUUGUAUUCAUUUUCACAUUUAAAAUUAUUGUUUGCGAAGUGAACGAGGAUAAAAAGGACACAGUUAUGAAGAAUCUACAGAAGGACUGGCAUGUAUCGAAAUUGAAGAGUACAAACUUUCACGAGGUUUGCGAAGAUAAUUCUGCAAAAUAUAAAAAACAGAAAGACGCUGCGCUUAUUGAAUUUGUCUCUAGUGACCCGUUGCCUUUUAAAGAGAGUGAUUUGAUUGAAAAUAUGUGUAUUAAAGAAAACAAACAAAUAGUAAAACAAGACGUAUUAAUAGGUGAUAAUAAUAAAGUGAAGAACGCAACUAUUAAAAGUGACUUAAUUGAGCAUGCAAAUAAAGACAAAAAAGCCGGUAACAUAUCUGGGAGCAAAACAAUUAAUGCUGAUGAUGGAAAUAUAAGCAAGCAAAAUACUAAAUUUACAACAGUGGAUAAGAAUGAGACAAAGAAGCAGACUAAGAUGAAUGCUGCAAACAAAGAUACAGCGACAACUGUAGCUCACAAUGUUACAAAAGAAUCUAGACGCGUGCAUGACUAUCAGUUCAGUUCUGUAGAAUAUUAUGAUGAGCAUCCAGAUUUUGACGAAGCCCAGUGCCCUGAUGAUGUGGAAGUGGUGGUACUAGAAAUAGACGAGUUGAGGAGUUACGAUUUAGAAUGUGAACUGAUGAUUGAGUGGCGGAGCUUAGAUUAA